AAACCUGAAAAUUACCUAUAAUUUCCGUUCUCAGAGCGUUAAUAAUACCUCCCAGGAAAACUUUUAAGGAACCAGUGAAAUCCUAAGCUGUAAACAGGUAUAUUGUGCACUGUAUAUUUGUAUUCUUAUUUCCCGCCAGGACUGUGGUUAUGGAAGUGGAUGGCCGGCUUAUUGCAUCCCCUGUAGUGUCAAGACUUAUAAAGAGGGUCGGGGUUACCACAACUGCAGAUUCUGCCAGUCGUGUAAACGCAUAAACAGGCACCAGAAGUCACUGUGCACCUCUAAGAGCAAUGCUGUCUGUGGGGAGUGCUUGCCAGGGUUUGUACGCUUCUACAGUAAGACACGGAUGGAUGGCUUGCAGGACUUGGAAUGCAUGCUGUGUGGUCCCUCCUCCACUACUGAGCAACAGUGCAGCCGAAGCAGAGGAGUUGAUGUGGGAAAAGUCUGGAGCCCAGAAGGCCCAGCCCAAAAUGCUGCUGUUGUCACCACCAUUUCUGUCGCCCUGGUUACCAUGAUAAUCAUCCUCUCCGCUACCUUAUUUAUAUACUUCAGACAUACCUUACUAAAGAAAAUAUUUAGAGGAUGCCUGGCUCCUCAAAGCACAAGUCAGAGUGACAUGGCGUGUGCAGCAUCCCCAGUGAACGGGGUCACACUGAAUCUGGAGCAGCAAAGCCAGGACUCAGGUGUAUGUGGUAACUCUACCACCACUGCAGACACGUUGGCCAGACUGCAGUCCAAAGUGGACAUGAUUGUCCCUCUGGGGUCCAUUCUACUAAGCCCUAACCUUAAAACUCAGGACCACAUCAGCCUGCUGGAGACCCAGCCGCUGGUGCGUAACUCCACCUGCAAUAACUGCUCCUCUGGGUUUGUCUCUCAGAUAUCCUCUGAGCCGCCCUCAAUCAGUAGUGAUGUCUCACUCACAGUGGAGACCCCUGUGGGUCCAGUAGACAGUGGGGAGUCUGAGGCAGGGUCCUUUUUCCGGUUCCUGCAGAGCAGUGAGGGUUACUGUGCCUCUGAGCUGAAGCAUUUACCAGUGGAGUGCACUGAGCUAGACUUCCACAGCACUGCAGCCUCAACACUGGCCCUCCACAUUGCCACAGACCCAGAAUGUAGCUCUGUGAGCCUGGGGAUUACGGCGAUAUCCGGGAUUAGAGAUGGCCCCCCCGGAGACGGGUCAGGAGGAAGACAACUGAGGAGUCCAUUUGCCUGCCCAGAGGAGCAAACUGACAGCUGUUGGAGCAGCCAUCAACAACCCUGCAACAGCAGUAAUGCGGUGUCCGUCUAGGCAGGCUGCCACAGGCCUUGGUGGAUUAUCUGGCUCUGAAGCUGGACCCAACGUUCCCAGGAGUACAGAACUACCAGCAGGUGGCGCUGAAGAUGGGCAUACAUCACGAGUUGCUGAAAGGCCUGUGCGGGUUUGAUCACGUCUUUCGGUACCUUUCCUCCUGUACUCUGCUAACAGUACCUGACCUGCUCCACACGUUCUACCUCCUGCAGCGGCUCGACACCCUGCUCCUGCUGUGUGAAUAUGCCAUGCAGAGCCAGACUCAGCGCCAGGUCACAGGAUGCACAUUUUACUGUUAAUGCUAACAACACUUCUGCCAACAGAGCCCAGAGGGCUGACAUCUACAGGUUAUGAUCAGUAUGCGUACUACUGAAAUAGAACCUACCUGGAACAACGAAACUGCUCAAACUCUCAGGUGGGGAUGUGUAAAUAUUAGUUUUUUAUUCUGAAUGGAUGAGAUUAAAUUUUUUACCUGAAUGGUAAUGUGAUAUAAGCCACUGUACGUUUCAGUUAUUUUGUCAUGCAGCAAAUGCUAUGCAUGAAAAUGAUGCAUUCAUAUUUUAAAAGUUUGUCAGAAGAUAAAUCAUUUUAAAUGCAUAAGUACUGUACAAACAGUGUUAAUUGUAUGGAAAAUGUAUGCACUCACUAACUGUAAGUCGCUCUGGAUAAGAGCGUCUGCUAAAUGACUAAAAUGUAAAUGUAAAUUGUUCUACUGAAUGAAUCAAGUUAUAUUAGUAUUACAUUUUAUACAUGUGUUGGACUUUUAUAAAUGAAACACAAAUUACAUUCAGAUUCAUGGUUAUUUUGUUAUGAUGUAAUUUGUCAGGUGCAGAUGAUUUCAGUAUGUAAUCACAUUUACUGCACAUAAUAAAGAAUAUGGUCAUAGACACAUUUCAACAAAAAACAUGGCCAGUUACUGUAUUUCUGCAAGGCAAAAUUGAAAAGCAGAUGUAAAAUUAAGAUUUGCAGAACUAAUGCCGCACUACUGACAUUUCUACUAAACUUAAUUUUAGCAAGGUAUCUACAUUGUGAAACAAUAAAAAAUAUUUUUGUUAUGAAAUGAAACAUUGGUUUUUCUCAGCAUUGUUCAUGUACGUUCCAAACAAGUACAGUAUACAAAUCACAAGAAAUUGAUUGGAAGACAUCACAUUCAACAGUCAAAAAUAAGAGAAAGUACAAGAAUUGUACAUCUGAAGGAGACAGGAUAUUUAUUUAUUUUAAAUUGAAAUGACAUUUAUGACGUAGUUACUAUGCAUACUAUGCAUUUCCCUCAUCAAUGGCUUAUAUAGAGUAUAUUGUGUUGUUUGUUGCAGUACAAAUUGUAAACUGUUACAAAGCUGACUUCCAAGUAAGACCAUCUAAUUUGAGAUUGAGAAACAUGCUAUAUGUUAAAAAAGAAGUCUGUCUUAAUUUGUGAUAUGACAUUUGUAGUUGGUGCUCCAUUGAAAAUAUUCAUAUGAUUCUGGCUCUUUAACACAUAAUAUUGUAGCAAAUUUUGGGGGGUAACCCUGACUGUCAAGACAACACCUUAACCAUUACACCAAGAGGUCCGAACCCCUUGAUGAGGUUGCAUUAAGGUCACUACUUUUCUUUUGGGAGAACGUUCCCCACGCUUUUCUAUACCAAGUCCUUCACGUGUACAUGCCUCUCCAAUGGCCUCACGGGUGCAAUCGGGGGUGGUGGGGGGAGGGGGGGUUAAACCGACCAGGAUGACUGUCAAGCUAACACCUUAACCGUUACGCCAAGAGGUUCGAACACCUUGAUGAGGUUGCUAGGUGUUAGAUUAAAAACACUCCAGCUAUUUUUGGAGUUGAAACCUUUUCCUGUUGAAAACCAAUAUCCCACGUAUAAAUAGAGUAAUGUACAGACACUUAACGGUAAAAAAAUAAAUAAAUUGGAAGCAAAAUAGUGUUUUUUAGACAACUGCAAAUUUCAAGGAUAAUGCCAUUAAAGGCAUUAUCCUUGAUAAAUUCAAAUGUGAGGUAGUUCACAAUAUUAUGCACCAGGUGGCAUGAGUAGGAUUCGUUUUUCUCAGCUGCUUGAAAACAUUCCUUGGAACAAUGUAUAUUUUUUAAACAGUGUAAGGCAAACAGUAAAUUCAUUUUCAAAAUGUAGUUGCCUUUUCAAAACAGCAAAUAGUUUCAGCA